UUGGUUCGGUUGUAGAGUAGCAAGACGACGAGUGCGAAGCGAACGAGUCAAGCAAAACCAGCCACUAGCCAGAGCUGACGGUCGCAUUUUGUAGUGUCACGCCGUGGUACGAUUUUCGAGUCGAAUCCCAUCGUCAAAAAUUAUCACAUCCGGUGCCAGGUGUAACGAAAAGCUGUGCUACCGGUAGCCGUUAGUUGAUUUUGAAGUGAACUUUUACGGAUUACCCUUGGGAACGGUGGAAAAUUGUGUUGGAAAAGUGACCCCCUUUGUUUCGUCGCGCAACCAUUGAAAACCAUUCCAGAAGCAGUCUUCGUAGUCGUCGUCGUCGUCGUCGCCGUUGUCGCUUUGGUGAGAAAGAACAGAAAAGGGCGAAGAAGAAUACGAAGCAGCAAAAGUCGCUCACCACAUCACCUUAAUUUUUUUUCCUCCCGUGUGCUGAUGUUUAUGCUGAGCGGUGCUCAGUAAUUGUAUGUUGAAAGAAGAAGAGUGAGAAUCCUGUAUUAUGUUGCCCUCUCGCGAGAUCCCGUUUUAUGCUACAGUGUUCGUACGAUCGUGAAGCUGCAAAUGAGCUUAUGUGAGUGAGUGUGUGUGUAAGAGAGCAACCACGUACAGCAUAGUUUUAUGUCCUAAGCGAAGUGUUGCCAUAUCUGGAAGAAAAAUACCUUACCAAGGAUGACGAUGAACUGCGAAGUGGCCGUUGUAAAUUUUCUACGAUGAAUGGUUUUGCGGUGUAUUGUUAUAUUGUGCUGGGAUAUUGUUAGACAAGUGGAAAUGAUACCGAAUAAAGUGGAUAUUUCCAUCGAUUAUUAGUGUGAACUUCCAAAGGUUGGUAUGUUUUCAACUAACUGGGUAAUGGUUUCCUAUGGUAAAAAAACCUAGGUCUUGUGCGGUCCCACCGGAGGAGUCCCCCAACAGAUUGCAAUAAGAAAGAAAUGAAACAGCAAAAAUAAAGAAAGAAAAAAAAACGGCACAAAAAAGUGAGUGAGAUUCCCGUUAGGUCACCGCCGACCGUCCGUCAGGGCGUCCAGCAGUGUGUUUCACGGUGAGUUUAUGUCGGCUUUGCCCUUUUGGCUGCCCGUGAGUGGUCCCCACCGAACCGAACUGGCACCAACACUAGCGCAACCUGGUGGAGCUCGUAGAACACAUACCAUAGCAUACCGGGCCGCGGUCGGCCAUCAGUGGCAGCAGAGAGUGAAUGAGUGUGAGCUUGCUGGCUGAGUAACAGCAGAGGAACAGCAUCAUCAUCACUGUAUCGUUGUUGGCAAGACGGAGAGAGCAUAAAAGUGAUGGAUUAACACAUAAAAGGUGCUAAAAAAUUCUUGGAAAACGCAAAGCGGGUUUUCCACUUUGAAGCACGGUGAAAGAGAAAAUGGUCCCGACGAACGGUGGAGAGCUGUCGUCAUCGUGUCACCGCGACCAUCAAGACCGAAGAAAUUAGCGUCGUUUAGCCUCUGGAGAUCUGAGCAGUAACGGCUAAGCAAGGGAUUGUAGAAGGUGUGAAAGGACGUCGUUUAUUUCCCCCGGGGGGAAUAAAAGGGAUUCAUCUAGAAAAAGCUGUACAAUAAUCCGUGAGGUCUGUCCCGCACGGUUGAUUCAACUCGAUUCGGUUCGGUACGGCAAAAUAUCUAAGACAAAGAAGUGUGUGCCGGUGUAUGAAAGUGGCUGGCUAGUUACGAUCUGUGUGUGAAUGUGACACUCACGACCUGCCGUGACCACCGUCGCUUGUCGAUGGUUUGUAAUUCUAAAGUUAGCAGCUAUAUUGGCUGAAGGAGCGCACGGAGCUGAUUGGAAAGUGAAUGAGAAAAAAAAAUAUAGAAGAAGAGAAAAUGAUAGUACUACAGCUUCCUACCUAUACUAGUGUGUGGUGAUGAGAAGUAAGCUGAAAAGAAAGUUGAUUUUUGUUGUUAUUGUCGUUGUUGGUGUUGUUGAUGUUUCGCGUGUUCGAUUGCUCCCUUAGCGAGAAGUCGUAUUUGGGCUUGAAGAUUUAUUCCCCCGCUGCAGAAGACCACACGGCUGUGACACCGUAUCAUACAACUUAGGAGCUAGAAGGCAGUGUUCGAAAUUAUGUAAUCCUUCGGGCAUAGAUUCUGCCGGGCUCAGUGAUUGAUGAGUGAACGAACGCAAUUCGCUAUUGAGUUGGCGCUGUCCAGCGUUGGAAGGCGCUUCCGCCAUUGGUUUGGCACCAGCAGCAGCAGCAGCAGCAGAGUCGCAGCAGCAGUAGCAGAACUUCAGUACUAGCGCGCACGAUGGAGAUUCAACGAUCAAAACAGAUAAUUCGCAAUCACCGGAACAGUAUGCAUCGAGAGCAGCACCAUUUCCACCAUUAUUAUCAGCAGCAACAGCAGCAGCAGCAGAAGCAGAUGCCCCAGCAAGGCAACCGACAGUACGGCACUAUUCUGAACUCGAUUAGCAGCACCAAGUGGGAAUGAUAUGCAUUGGCUAUCGCUAGACCCAAACCGUCAGCAGCACAGGUGGAUAGAAUCCGAAUCGACAGUAACCAGAUAGCAGCAAUGAUUCGAACCCAGCAACAAAAGAAAACAGUGUUUAGCAACAGCGGAAGGAUGACGAGGAGAAAUAGCAGUAGCAGUAGUAACAGCAACAAUAACAAUCGCAGCAAAAGAAAACGGAGGUUUCGGUUUCCGGCGGCCAGCUGUUUUCACUGGAGCGUUUGGAGCAGCGUGGCAUUUUUGUUGAUGACGCUCCCGUCGCUAAAUCUUGCCAUAGCGCCCAAGUACGAAACAGCGUAUGCCUGUGAGGGCAAAACAUUGAUGAUUGAGUGCGAAAAUGGCGACCUGAUCAAUCUGAUCCGCGCCAACUAUGGCCGGUUCUCCAUCACAAUCUGUAACGACCACGGCAAUGUGGAUUGGAGCGUAAAUUGUAUGUCACCGAAAAGUUUGCGCGUCUUGCACUCCAAGUGCGCCCAGAAGCAGAACUGUUCGGUUUUAGCUUCUACUAAUAUGUUUGGUGAUCCGUGCCCAGGUACACACAAGUAUCUGGAGGCACACUAUCAGUGCGUUUCGGCUGCACAAUCUUCGACCACAACCAACCGACCAAGUCCUCCGUGGUUGAAGACAUCGCAGCCGAUCGUUUGGAGUACAUCGACGGUGCGGAAUCCAGUGCUUAGUAAGCUGAAUUUUUCCGACCCAUUGGCGGGUUUUGGGGUAACUUCGUCGGCAGUAACCAGCAGCGGAAUAACGACGGGAGUGAAAGUGAAACCAACGACACCCUACAAGCAGCAAACAUUGAUGGUUAACAACCAACAAUCGUCGCCGUCGUUUCGCCAGAAGGGAUUCGACAACAAAAGUGUGAACGAUGAUCUUGCCAUCAUUAAGCAGAUUAGUGAUGCUGCCGGCAGUGGUGGUAAAAAGAUUGCCGGCGCUGCCCCCGAGGACGAUGAAGAUUUCGGUGACGAUGAAGACUAUUAUCCGACGCAAACGGCAGUAUUAUCCAACGCUAACAGAGAGAGCGGUGGCAGUAGCAAAGGCUACGGUGAAAGCAAUGUUCCGAUUGGUGGAAGUCCUAGCAGUAAGAAGAAUGAUAAUCACGACUCACCCAGCAGCAGUAGUGGUAAUAGCAAUAGUGGUAGUAAUAGUAAUAGCAAUAGCAAUAGCAUAAGCGGUGGCACCGGCGGGAGCGAUAGUGGUAACGCUGUGAACAAUGUGUUAGAUGUGAGUCAUGCUUGCGGUCCGACGACGGCACGCUCCUUGUUCUGGAAUGUGACACGCGUGGGAGAAGCGAAUGUACAGCCCUGUCCCGGUGGGGCCACCGGUAUUGCCAAGUGGCGAUGCGUAGCAAUAGGAUCACUGACGCCCGAACAGCGUCUGCAAUUGCAGCACGAGCAGCAACAGCAACAAUCAUUUCUAGAUGAUAAUAACAAAAGUGAUAUUAGUUUUAAUAGCAAUCUUAGUGGUAAUAGAAACGGUGGAGCAGUGGCCACAUGGUACUCAUAUCAGCCGGAUCUAACGCAGUGUCGAUCGCUGUGGCUUAACAGCCUGGAGGUCCGAGUCAAUCAGCAGCAAGACUCAUCGCUGAUAUCGAUUGCGAACGAUUUGUCGCAGGUCACUAGCAGUAAGACACUGUACGGUGGGGAUAUGCUGGUCGCUACUAAGAUCAUUCAAACCAUGUCCCAGAAGAUGCACUUCGACAUCGAAACGAUCCCCGACCAGCGGCAGAAAGAAACGUUGGUUUAUGAACUAUUGAAUAGUGUGGUUAAAACGGGAAGCAAUUUGUUAGAUCAAUCUCAGCACGCCAGCUGGCUGGAUUUGAGUGUGGAGGAUCAGAUGCGGGUCGCAACGUCACUGCUUACGGGGCUAGAGGAUAACGCAUUCCUAUUGGCCGAUACUAUCCUACGGGAGCGACACGUGGUGCAAAAGGUUAAAAAUAUUCUCCUAUCGAUACGGGUUUUAGAGACACGAAACUUUGUUAAAAAUGAAGUUUUCCCUGACUCUAGCCAAGAGCGUUGGCACGUGAGUGACGAUCUGAUUGAGCUGCCCAAGGCAGCACUGAUCGAGAAUAGUGAGGGUGGUCUGGUACGAAUAGUUUUCGUAGCUUUCGAUCGAUUAGAGCAGAUUCUAAGACCACAGUUUAGCAAUGUUCACCAGUCACGGGUAGAUCAGAACAAACUGGAGCAGGAUGACACCGGCAGCAACCCGGCGGCUGGUGCGAAAAGUGAUGUAUCAACUGCACCCCGACAACGAUUGCUCAAUAGUAAAGUGAUUUCUGCAAGUCUGGGUAAGGGACGCCAUAUUCAACUUUCCCAGCCCAUCCGAAUGGUUCUGAAACACCUGCGAACCAAAAAUGUGUCGAAUCCAGCGUGCGUCUUCUGGAACUAUAUUGACCACGCGUGGUCCGAAGAUGGUUGCUACGUGGAGUACACAAACGCAACCCAUACGAUUUGCAUGUGCAACCAUCUGACCAACUUUGCUCUACUGAUAGACGCAAUCGACGAAACACAACUCUCGUUACUCUCUAUCAUUGACGACGAUAUUAAAAUUUUGAUCUACAUCAGCGUGGCAAUCUUUGUGGUGAUUGUCGUGGUAGCACUGUUUUCGCUUAAACUGUUCAACGGUGUGUUUGCCAAGGUGCGCAACGGCAGUCGAAGGCAUCACCAGGCGUCAACGGCCAACAAUAAUGCGGCCGAUUUGCAUUUGCCUAACCACCUGCAGCAUCACGGACUCAUAGGCACCGGACAGCAUCAUCAUUUGGGAGUCGGCGGUGGCGCCGAUCAUCUGGACGUCAGUAUCCACCAGCAUCAGCUUCCGCACCAACAGCAGCAGCAACAACAACAGUACAGUAGUGGACUAAUGACUACCGAUAGUGGUCACCUGAUGCGUCCGUCACACCACCACAACCAUCAUAACAAUAACAAUUUGGUAACGACCACAUUCAACAAUCUGGCACCCGGUGCCGGCGGUCCUCCCGGCGUAGGACCGCUCGGUGUCGGCUAUGAAACUGCCACCCACCAUCGGCUUGCGGUACAGGAGCGGCUCAAUAACAAUGUAAAUUCCCCCAAUAAUCACGCUUUGACAUAUCGCGCUAAUAAUAAUAAUCAAAUCAAUUUAUUACGUUCAGCAAAUCAGCAGCCGCAGCAAACUACUGCUGCUACCUUACAAACCACAUCAUCAACAUCUAUAAUCGCCACUGCCACCGGGCAUGGGAUCGGCGGCGGGGGCGGUGCCAGUAUAGGUGGCGUCAGCAGCAGCAGUAGCAGUACCGGUGGCAGCAGCGGCGGAGCUGAGAUGGCCGUGUACAAUUUGACCGAAACAGGCACCGCCACUGCCACCUCGACGUCGUCCAGUGUGGCGGCCAUUAGUGCGAGCAGCAUACCGCUGUUGCAUCACCACCACCAUCACCAUUUACACCAUCAUCUGCACCAGCAUCAUCAUCUCGGAGAUGGGGGUAGUGUCGGCGGCGGUGGCGGUGGCAGAGGAAGUAUCAGUGGCGGAAGCAUCGCUAGCAGCGGUAAGCGGAAUCUGUAACGAAAGAUGCGCGAGAGAGAAACAGAGCGAGAGAGUGUAAGACAGAACGGAAGGACGAAAGAGUAAGACCAUGUUUAGGAUGUGCUUAGUCUAUAUGUAGAUUUUUUUUCCGUUAAAACUUGUACAGACUGGGGGACGAUCCUUUUUCCCCCCACACUGAUAUUGCUGUUCGAUGCUCAACAGAAGCAAAAAGAGUGUGCAAAACUCGCGUUGUUAUUGUGUAACGAUACAAUUCCUAUUGGAACGUGAAGAAUACUUAGCAUAGCAUAUAUAGGAAGACAUAUGUUUCCGGUGACGUGCUGCCAUUGGUUGAUGAGAGAUGAUGGGGGUAUAAAUUGCUCGCAAUUUCCUUCUUGCCUGAAUCCUUCCGCGGUGCUCAUGUGUGUACGCGUGUGUGCUGACACCGCUGGAUGUGCUGUUCCUAAGUCUUGUUUCGUUCCAUGUACAGAAUGCUUAGGUUGGUUGUUAAAUUAUUUAGAUUUCUUGCCUGUAAUCGUCGGACGUGAAUUAUAUGCGAAAAUGUGAUUUGCUUCACCGCGAUGGAUCGGAAUUGACAGGAUGAUUGAUGUUACUGGGUUGUGAUUUGAAUGUGAUUUCGAAAUGUUUCGUGAGAUUUAUGCCUGCUUUCUUGAAUGCGUAAUGUGUGUGAAAUCGUAAUCGAAUGGUCCACGUGGUUUACCUUUAUUUCAGCAUACUGGGCCGCCAGAACUUAAUUUUAUGUACAGUUAGCUUUUACUCUAUUCCACGAUCUGAUGCCAGUGUACCGAACGGACUCGAAGAACAAACUUUCAUAUGAAGGCACAGCAUUAUGUAGAUCAUUGUUUAUAUCCACUAGCACGUCAGUUGUUUUUAGUUAGUUACUAAACGCACAUAAUCUUAACAAGCUCUCUUACCCAGUCCAUCGUCGAUCUAUCACCCCUCAAAACGACUCAAAAGGUAGCUAUAUAACUUCGUAUUAAGAUUAUCGAAUAUUGAGAAGGUGCGAAAGUGACAGAGUGCGCGAUAGCAAAAAAAAAUCCGUACAUUUUGAUUAGAAUACAAUUGGAAAUAAUGAGUGUCCAGCAAUAGCGAUAAGCGUGAUGAUGGAUGAGUUGGAACAGGGCCUUUUAUUACCCUGCACACUUCGAACCUUUCUCGGUGGAGAGAAAGGUCAUUUUUCCUUAGGCCGCUUUUUUAAACCAGCCCUCGUUUCCAACCCAUCCGUCAGUAACUGGAAUGGUGUACAAUGUGAAAAGAAUCGAAUACAAACUAUAGGGUUAUAAUGUAUCACAAAAUGAAACGUCAUUAGGUUUAGCUGCCACAAGAUUUAUUGUUUAUUUUACAAAUGAUUUUUUAAAUUAAUAUACACAGAAUGCCCUUGAUUAAAACUGAUACGCUACUUUGUAAUGUAUCGAUGUCAAUAUGAAAAAGGUGAAAAUAUAUAAAUAUGA